UUGAAAUUGCCCAAUAUGCAUAAAAACAAGUCAUCACUCUAUGCUUACGCAGUAGGAAUCGCAGAAACAGGAAUGGCUGCAUAUUCAUUCCUCUCCACAUACUUCUCUUCUCCGACUCUCCCUCCUCGACUUCCUUCUCCUAAUCGUCUCCCAAACUCCACGCUUCCUCUUUCUAGAGACUUCUCUCAUCGCAGUCUCCGUAGCACUUGCAUCGUUGCCUCUCUUGGCCAAACUUAUCACAGUAACCACUCGCCGGCGCCGGAGUCCACCAAUUGUUGUAUCCUCAACAAAUUCCUAGAUUCAUUAGUCGUAUUGAUCACUUCUGCAGCACUUUCUGUCUCUAUUUUUGUUACCGAUGUCGAUUCGGCUGCUGCUUUUGUUGUUACUCCCUCUAGGAAGUUGCAAACCGAUGAGCUAGCUACCGUUCGUCUUUUCCAGGAUAAUACUCCUUCCGUUGUCUACAUCACUAAUUUAGCUGCCAGGCAGGAUGCAUUUACUUUGGAUGUCUUGGAGGUGCCUCAGGGGUCUGGAUCAGGCUUUGUUUGGGAUAAAAAAGGUCACAUUGUCACAAAUUAUCAUGUUAUUCGAGGUGCGUCCGAUCUCAGGGUAACUCUUGCUGAUCAGACCACAUAUGAUGCAAAAGUAGUUGGCUUUGACCAAGAUAAGGAUGUUGCUGUACUGCGUAUCGAUGCACCAAAAGAUAAAUUGAGACCAAUUCCAGUUGGUGUCUCUGCUGACUUGCUUGUUGGACAAAAAGUGUUUGCUAUAGGAAACCCUUUUGGGCUUGAUCACACACUAACAACUGGUGUCAUCAGUGGGCUAAGGAGAGAAAUAAGCUCAGCUGCAACUGGGCGUCCGAUCCAAGAUGUUAUCCAGACAGAUGCUGCUAUUAACCCUGGUAAUAGUGGGGGCCCACUUCUUGAUAGCUCAGGAAACCUUAUUGGGAUAAAUACAGCUAUAUACUCUCCAUCUGGUGCAUCAUCUGGUGUUGGAUUUUCCAUUCCAGUUGACACUGUUGGUGGAAUUGUUGACCAGUUGGUGCAAUUUGGGAAAGUUACAAGACCUAUUUUAGGAAUUAAGUUUGCACCUGAUCAGUCUGUGGAACAACUUGGAGUCAGUGGAGUACUUGUCUUAGAUGCCCCUCCAAAUGGUCCAGCUGGAAAAGCAGGUCUUCUAUCAACGAAACGUGACACGUAUGGAAGGCUCAUAUUGGGUGACAUUAUCACAUCUGUAAAUGGAAAAAAAGUCUCUAAUGGAAGUGAUUUAUACAGAAUUCUUGACCAAUGUAAAGUUGGUGAAACAGUGUCUGUUGAGGUGCUUCGGGGUGACCAUGUAGAGAAGAUCCCUGUGAUACUUGAGCCCAAAGCCGAUGAGUCAUGAUUCCUCAAAAUGUGAGGUCAGGUUGUGAAUUUGUAUUUACUAUUUAUUAUGAGAAAUAUCUCACACUGUAUUAUUUGACGUAUUGUUUCCUAAUAGUGGCUCAUGUAAAUAGUCUACAACCACAAUCAUGUAUUAACUUGAAACUAUAUAUAGUUGUAAUCCUUUCAGAAUGUCAUUAUAGUUACUUUA